GGGAAGCCUUAUAUAUUGGGAAGCAGUGGAAAGCAAAGUCUAAUAAUGCACAGCACUGAGGGCCAGCAAGGGUGUUUAGACCUCUUCCGGUAGACACUAGGUUAUCAGUUGCUUUUUUGAGCAGACCAACCUGGUGCAAACAAGCCUUACUCUUGUGCUAGGGACACAUGGUACGUGGUCCAGAAGAGAGGAUUAAGGAAAGGCAGAAGGGAGCAGGGUGAGCCCUUGGGGCCUUGAAUUUGGCGGGACUGACUGAAGGGUUCAUGCAACAGGGUUCUCCCGUGCUGUUUUCCUGAAGGUCUAUAGCCAAUCAACUGCUCUCUCCAGCAGCUGCAUGUUAUGGUGUGUAACACCAAGGCUGCCCAGCCAUCAGGCCAGAUAGCCUCUCUGGGUUUAGAAAGCCCUUGAAUAACUGUUUCAACUACCACUACCUUCAUAACAUUGUGAGGCAAGUAAGUGUCUCACGUUAGACAAGGGAAACAGACUCAGGGAGUAAUUGAUCAAAAUCCACACAUCUGGAAAUUGGCAGGGCUAGGCUUCAAAUCUGGAGCUACCUACUGACAAUUUCUAGGCUUUAAAAAAAGUAUAAUUUGUCUGAUAAUGAACCGAUACAUACUUGUAACAAAUUGUACUGAAAUGAGUAAGUUAAAUAUGAAAUCCUUCAUGAUUUCAUCCUUGAGAGAACAGCUGAGAAAAAUCCAGUGCAUUUUGUUCAGAUACCUUUCUUGCAAAUGCCAACAUACAUUAAAUACAUAUGUAUUAGUACUACAAGGUGGGAGUCCUACGUUAUAUGCUAUUUUACAACUUGCUUUUCUUUUCACUUAAUGCUGUAACGCGGACAACUUCCUGGUUCAGCACAUAUAGAUAUGAAGUGAUUGAGAAGAAACAAUAAACACCAUCAUUUUGUAGACAGGACAACAUGGAUCCGCCGUUAACGGUGAAUUCCCUGAAAAAGUUAGCUGCGAUGCCGGACCACAGGGAUGUUUCCCUCAGCCCGGAAGAGCGAGUCCGCGCCCUAAGCAAGCUGGGCUGUAAUAUCACCAUCAAUGAAGAUAUCACUCCACGCCGCUACUUUAGAUCCGGAAUAGAAAUGGAGAGGAUGGCGUCCGUGUAUUUGGAAGAAGGAAACUUGGAAAAUGCCUUUGUUCUUUAUAAUAAAUUUAUAACUUUGUUUGUAGAAAAGCUUCCUAACCAUCGAGAUUACCAGCAAUGUGCAGUACCCGAAAAGCAGGAUAUUAUGAAGAAACUGAAGGAGAUUGCAUUCCCAAGGACAGAUGAAUUGAAAAAGGACCUUUUAAAGAAAUAUAACGUAGAAUACCAAGAAUAUUUGCAAAGCGAAAACAAAUAUAAAGCUGAAAUUCUCAAAAAACUGGAGCAUCAGAGAUUGAUAGAGGCAGAAAGGAAGCGGAUCGCUCAGAUGCGCCAGCAACAGCUAGAAUCGGAGCAGUUCUUGUUUUUCGAAGAUCAGCUCAAGAAGCAAGAAUUAGCCCGGAGUCAGAUGCGAAGCCAGGAACCUCCAGCACAGUCAGAGCAGAUUGAUGGGAGUGCUUUGUCCUGCUUUUCCACACACCAGAACAAUUCCUUGCUGAAUGUAUUUGCAGAUCAGCCUAAUAAAAGCGAUGCAGCCAAUUACGCUGGCCACUCACCUCCCGUAAACAGGGCCUUAAAGCCAGCUGCAACUCUAAGUGCUGUUCAGAAUUUAGUGGUUGAAGGACUGAGAUACGUUGUUUUAUCAAGAGAUCUUUGCCACAGAUUUCUGCUCCUGGCAGAAUCUAAUACAGUGAGAGGAAUCGAAACCUGUGGAAUACUCUGUGGGAAACUGACGCAUAAUGAAUUUACUAUCACCCACUUAAUCGUGCCAAAACAGUCUGCGGGACCAGACUAUUGCGACGUGGAGAAUGUAGAAGAAUUAUUCAGUGUUCAGGAUCAACACAAUCUCCUCACUCUGGGAUGGAUCCAUACACAUCCAACCCAAACUGCGUUCUUAUCCAGUGUUGAUCUUCACACUCACUGUUCUUAUCAGCUCAUGUUGCCAGAAGCCAUUGCCAUUGUCUGUUCACCGAAGCAUAAAGACACCGGCAUCUUCAGGCUCACCAAUGCUGGCAUGCUUGAGGUUUCCGCUUGUAAAAAGAAGGGCUUUCAUCCACACACCAAGGACCCCAGGCUGUUCAGUAUAUGCAAACAUGUGUUGGUAAAAGACAUAAAAAUAAUCGUACUGGAUCUGAGGUGAUAUGUUCCGAAGAUUAGCGCCGUCCACUCCAGACACUUACCCAUGGACCUGUGGUUGCUGGAUUUUCUUAAGAUGUUUCCAGAAAUGACUGACAUUUUAUAUUUAUACAUUUUAGAUCAGAAAGUUUGAUAUUUAUUACUUUUGCAUAUUUUGAAGCUUUCUUUUUGGGUUGCUUUGUCUCAAGAGAGGUUACAAUGGAGUUAAAUCAAUACCUAUUAAUGUGCCCAAAUACUAUGACCAGAUAAUAAAUUGUGCCGCAAACAACAAUA